CCGCCGGUCACGUGGUCAGGGCGGCGGGGGGAGGCCGCCGGUCACGUGGUGCGGGGCUCCGAGGGCCGGUGGUCAUGGCAGAGCCGGGGGUGGCCGCCGUGGGCCAGGGGCGAGCGGAGUCUGGCGGGGGCCCAGACGGGGCGGGCGCCGACUCUUUGCUGCCGCAGGGAGAGAACGGCGUGGAUGGCAGAGCGAUCCGCGUGGGCACCCGCCGGAGCCAGCUGGCCCGGAUUCAGACUGAUAGCGUAGUUAUGAUGCUCCGUGAGCUAUACCCUGACCUCCACUUUGAGAUUGUGGCCAUGUCAACAACUGGGGACAGGAUCUUGGAUACAGCACUUUCCAAGAUUGGAGAGAAGAGCCUCUUCACCAAAGAGUUGGAAAGUGCACUUGAAAGAAAUGAAGUUGACCUUGUGGUUCACUCCCUGAAGGACCUGCCAACUUCUCUUCCUCCUGGCUUUACGAUUGGCGCUGUCUGCAAAAGGGAGAACCCACUUGAUGCUGUUGUCUUUCAUCCCAAAAACUGUGGAAAAACACUGAGCCUCCUUCCUGAAAAGAGUGUGAUUGGAACCAGUUCACUUCGGAGAGCAGCUCAGCUCAAGAAGAAGUUCCCUCAUUUAGAAUUCAGGGAUAUUAGAGGAAACUUAAAUACCCGUUUAAAGAAGCUAGAUGAGAAAGAAGACUUCAGUGCCAUCAUCCUAGCUGCUGCUGGGCUGAAGAGAAUGGGCUGGGAAAAUCGCAUUGGCCAGCUCCUAGGCCCUGAAGAUUGUCUGUAUGCUGUUGGACAGGGUGCUUUAGCAGUGGAAGUUCGUGCCAAAGACCAAGAGAUACUGAAUAUGGUAUCUGCCCUGCAUGACGCAGACACUGUGUUGUGCUGCAUUGCUGAGAGAGCCUUCAUGAAGCAUUUGGAGGGUGGAUGUAGUGUCCCUGUUGCUGUCAACACCCUGCUGAAGGAUGGCCAGCUGUAUUUGACAGGAGCAGUCUACAGCUUGGAUGGAUCUGAUAGCCUGAAGGAGACCAUGCAGACCGGUGUUAGUUAUCCCCAUCAGAAUGAAGAUGGACCGAAUGAUGAUGUGCAGCAUGUUGGGAUCACGGCCAAGAAUGUUCCUGGUCAGGCUCAGGAAGCUGCAGAGAACCUAGGUGUUGAACUAGCUAGUUUACUUCUGAGCAAGGGAGCAAAGCAUAUCCUAAGCGUGGCAAGGCAGCUCAACGAUGCCCACUGAACCUGGGGUGCAGCCAGCAGGAAUGCUGCAGUUCUAGCUACAAGUCUUUGCAGCUACGUCAUGAUCCUCUGGAGGGAUUUAUUUUAACAUUCAAACCAGUCUUACCUGACGUUUGGGUGCAAAAAAGUGAAAUAUGAAGUUAACUAACUUGAGUAGUUUCUGCUUUUCGGAGUUUUCAUCCCUCUCCAAAUUUCUCUAAAUUCUUAAGUGUUUCUUUGAAGUAGUGUCAACAAUUUUUGUAGCUAGGAAGCUAAGAGAAAAAAAUUAAAAAUAAAAUAAAAGCUUUUAA